GAGGUCACGCUGCUAGCGCUCCUGAAGUCGUGUCCCUCCUUAAUUGAAAAACCAAAAUCUUUUGUCGGUGGCUGCGCUUUUCGAAGGCUGCAUAAGCGGUAACGGCCUGGGUUAGAAACGGUCGGGAGCUGUCGCGCCCCGCGGCUACCCAGGGUUUGGAAAACGCCUCUUGUUAGGUAAGGGGCAAGACGUUUGAGCCGGAGCUUUCAGGGGCUUCGCUAGUCAUUCUUCCAGCGUUAAACUCGGUGUUUGUGGCUGGGAUUAAAGGGAAAAGCUGACAGAGGAACAAAACCGUCUUCCGCUGGGGUUUUGGGGAAAGUAUGCAGUCACGGGAGGGGAAAAAAAGCUGGCAGCCGUUUAAAAAAAUACGGCUCAACUCUGGAGGCGUGUGACGGAUGGGAAUGCGAAGAGCGUGGCGAUGCUGUCAUGGGUCGUAUGCUUCAGGCCGAGCAAGGGAUUUGUCAGUUGUCUUACAAAGGGUUUUAAGUGCAAAAGUCUGAAAGAUGGUUGUGUUGCAGCGUAAAACCUGUGCUAAGACAACAGCCUGCCUUUUCCACUGCUUUGGUGUUGUAUGUCAUUACGGCGUAGUGAUUUCAGGCCUCCAUGUUCAGAUAUCUUGCGGUUUUUACUCAUGUGCCUGCUGCGCUGUACUUAAAAAAUAUAUUAACGAUCGAUGGAAUAAAACGAUGAUCAGACUUCUUGUCUCAGCUGCACUGGUGACUUGCGACUCUUCGGAACCCAGCUCUUGAAGACACCUCGGUACGUGGGCUUCGUGCGCUGGCCAGGCUCUUCCAGGGCUAAAGUAGACUGAAAAAAGGCAGUCGCGUGUGCUCAGGUUUGUGGCACAGAUCCAAUCCGGUGCAGGAACACUUCAAGAAUGAGUCUACCACAAGAUAGAAGUAGAAAUUCCUGCAGCAGCGAGCCUCUGGCAAAGUGCCUUCAAGCAAAGAAGGACUUGGAAACAGCUAUAUCUGGAAUUGUCAAAGCUGAACAACAGAUUAAAGAGAACUGGCGGGAGGUAAAAGCCAAGAUUCACAGCCACAUAAGCCGGCACCUGGAAUGCCUGCGCAGUCGUGAAGUUUGGCUGUUUGAGCAGGUAGAUCUCAUUCAGCAGCUGAAAGAGGAGGCGUUGCAGCAGCAGGCGCAGCAGCUCUAUUGGUAUUUGGGACAAUUCAAUUGCCUUAUUCACCAGCUGGAACGCUCCUGUAGUAACGAACUAGCAAACCAGAUUUCAGUUUGCCUGGAGAGACUGGCAAGUCUUACUCUUAAACCAGAGGAGUCUUCCAUCCUGAAUUUUGAGGCUGACACGUCUUACCUUCGCCAGGCUAUUACCUCAUUUGGUUCAAUUAAGACGAUGCAAACCGUAGAGAGAGAGAAUACUUCUCCUUGGUUCCCAGGGCAGAAUUGUGCCCUAAUGAACUGUGAGCAGCAGAAAACGUUGUGUGGGACAGUGAGUGCCUCGCUUGCUGACUGGUUACUUGGAAGCAGACCUGUGGGUGUUUGCCAGGCUCCGUAUGUUCCCAGCACCAAUCUUGAAGAAUGGGUUACGCAAAAAUGUGCGUCAGAGCCCAGCCAGGAUUUAAGUUCUUCCAAAGUCUGUUAUUUUGAGCAAGCCUGGGGAAAUCUGAAAGAUUUGGAAAACUGGCUCCUGCAGAAUCAACAGCGUGAUGUUGCUGGGAAGACAGACUCCCCUGGCCGCAAGGACUCCACCUCUACUUUCAACUCGUCCUUUUCCACUAUUGAAAAGGUGGAGGAAUUGGAAUCCCUUGGACAAGAAGAGAUGGACCUUUCCGACUGGCUGCUUACUCCUGACACAGAAAAUGGAGGUAGUGCUUCAGAUGAGAAAUGGAAGUAUGAAUUUAAACCUUUUAGGGAAGAAUUUAAUUUGAAUGAUUGGCUCCUCAAAGCUGAAACGUGUACCAGUUGUUGUGGCAGCCAGAUCAAAAGUGUGGAAAUUGAGAACCUGGGAAAUCUGAAGUGCCUGAAUGACCAUCUUGAUGGAAAGAAAUCGCCCACUACAUCUGCUGUAAAUGCUUGGCUUCUUCAGCAUCCCCAGGCCCCAUUUAAGGUGGAAGAUGUGUGCAAGGCUAAUGAGCUGUGUGCCAGCUUUUCAGAGUGUGUGUGUGAUGAAAAGUGCGGAAAAGAGGCUCUGUGUAAAUGGCUUCUGAAGAAAGAAGGGAAGGAUAAAAAUGGAGUUCCAGUCAGCCAGAAAGAUGUACCAAACCCUGAGCACGAGAAGACAAAGCCUGCUGCCAAUACCUGGCUUAACCCCGCACAGCAGCUCACAGGGGAACCCAUUAGUGCAGAGAAAGCGGAUUAUUCAGCAGAGAUCGCAGAACCCUUGAAAGUGUUGCUCGAAAGGCCUCUGACCAGCUGGCUAGCCAAGUCUGAGCACAAAGCAGAAAGUGCAGAAGAAAAGGCGAGCAGGGAAAAAGCAGACAAUAGUUCCAAGAGUCCUUUCCUAGACCUCGUGGCUCCAUUCCACCUCCCCUUGAAUGUAAACAGUUGGGUGCUGACUUCAAACGACAUAGAAAAUGCUAACCCGCCUCCAGCGGAAGAUAAAUGGCUUCUACGCAAGAAAGCACAAGACUUUGGCCUCCCUACAGUUUGCGACCUUUUUGCCUGUAUGAAACUCAGUGGAGAUAAAGAAAAAUGGCUGUACCGGACUCCUUUACAGAUGUGAAGAACUGGAAGCAUUGAAAUCGUCCCCUUCCUGCUGAUCAAUCGCACAUCACGCUGAGUGACUGCAGCCAGCUGAAUUCUUGUGUUUGUGUUUGGCCGUCUGCUUUUUCUUCUAAAAUUGUAACAAAAAGAAAGAUUACUCAUAUAACAGAGUUACGGUGCAGAAGAUGCCUUUUUGUUAUGAUUAAUUCUGAAACGUAAACCCAGUGAGCAUAAGCAAUCUGAUACUAUAGAGGUGUUAGUAAAUUCGUAUCUGUUACGGGACUACGUGAAUCUUCUUUAAUGGGUUGUCACUUCAAGUAUGCUGAAGCCAGUGCAAGUAUAAAGCAGAAUCUCUCUGGUGCUGUGAAACGUCCACCUUUGGCAGUGACUUUACAAGUGUUGCCGUUCCUUUCAGCUGCUACAACUUUGUCAUGAGCUGGGUUCCAGCUUACUGGGAUUGGCAGAUAACUUAGGCUGUACUUGGAAGCAAUUUCUUUUAUUGAGCAGUCGCUAACUUUAAAGGUUUCAUUUGCAUCUUGUAUUGGUGCAUCUCCCGGCUGAGUAUGUGGAGUCCAGAUUUUGAAAAAGACAUGAAUUUAUGGGACCUGACGUGAGACAGGAGAAUUGGUAACUUAGUUUUGAAUAAAAACUUUGCUUGCAAAUUUUUGAGCUGUUCAGAGAGCAGGGUAGGGUGUUAAUUUUCAUGCAUCAGUAGAUCAGAUCCUACCGUGUCCCCAGCAUUUAGGAAGACUUUUGAGUUUCACUGAAAAAGCCGUAAGAUGAAAUGUGCGUGUUUCUGCUAGUUUUAGAUAAUUCAUAAUGAGCUUUUAUUGACUAAACCACUGGAAAGCAGGCAUCUUAGCCACAUAAUAUUUAAAGGUAAUAUUUGGGGAAUUUGAUGCCUUCUCCUCAGAUGGAUGUCAUGCUGUUUAAUUGGGAAACACUAACUUGGCAAACUGCGUGGCUCCCACUGAUCCAUUUUAAAGAUAUUUAAGCUGUGGAUUUCCAUGUUGUUACGCGCAGGAAAGGGGGGUGGAGUAACUCUGAUCCCUAUAGCUGUGGACAUAGUACGAGCAAUACCUCUUUAGGUAUUUAGCAUUUUGAGCCCGUAGGAAGGAGUGCGGAGAUGUUAGAUGGAAAUGUGGAUCAUGCCUGUCAGCUUGCAUGAAAAACUGUGAAGUUACAUAGUUUCUGGUGCAGCUUCCACUCACUUAACAAAUUGCUCUGAAUGACUAUAAAAAUAGCCUCCCCUUUUCCCCAUCCCUGCAGCCUGCCUGGGAAUAGAAGUGAUUUCAGUUCUUCACAACACUAGAAAAGAAAUUGUUAGCAAGAUCCAACCUUGGUAUCCCUUCGCAGUGUGAACGCAUUCCCGCCUGACAGAACCUGUGCAUUUGGUUAAAAACAAGUUUUUAGUCUGAGAGGGGGACGCCGCACAUCUGAAACCAGACCCCAGAAGGGUGUAACAUCCGUGGACCGCUUGAGGCUUUCGUACUGUCAUAGGUGGGGCUUUCUGCUGGAAGCAGAAAAAUGUUUUUGAAGUUCACUUUCCCCUUCGAACGUGUCCUCGUUGCUGCAUGGGGAGACUGCACUGUGACUAACUCCAGUAAUAGCCUAAUUUGAUUAGCAGUUGAACUUAAUGAAGGUGAUUGACGUGCAGGCCACCUCUUAUAAUUCCUUGUAGUCGUCAUUGUGUGCUACUUUGUCAGUUCAUUAUGAGCCUUUAAAACUUGGGGGUAUCUAUUCCUUUACUUACUCAACUGACUUGUUAUCACUAAUUGAUAUUUAUGUAAAACAAUGAUUAGUCUUUUCCAUUAAAAAAUAAUUGCAACCAAA